UCAGGCCAGACACCUCAAAAGCCCAGAAACGCGCCUCCGCAGCCCCCGAAAACCAUGGUCCGGCAGCGAAACACCCAACCCAGCGCCAAGCACACACAACGGGCGGUGAUCCUUUGUCCUCAACUUGCAGGCAGGGGCACCGUUUUCAUCUCUUUGAAAGCGCAUCCCGCAGGCUCAAAGGCGUACCGUCGCCGGAACCAGGUGCGCAACAAAGGGCAUUGGGGCCAUGGGCGCGCGCGUGCUUUAUAACGCGCUUCGAAGCAAACCUCCCGCCUUCUCUCUUCUUCACCACCACCACAGCACCAGCACGUUCGACCGGCUUCUUGCAAGAGACACAAACACAAACAGCAGCACCAGCACCAUGGGCCGAGUGACUAGAGCGAAUAAAUACCCCUCCCCGUCGUUGGAGGACGAGGGCAAUUCGAAACAGAAACAAAAACCGAAACCCAAGGCGAAGAAAAACUCAACGCAAAGCGGCGGCGUGAAGAAGAAGAAGCCCUCGGCAAAGAAACCGUCUAAGAACACGCGCGCGGUCAAGUGCACAGUUAACCCACGCGCCGAAGACGAGGCGCAGAGGGACGACGAGGCCAUAGAAGAGGGCGAGCACGACAACAGCAACAACGCCAACAACGCCGCCACCAACAACCACAACAACCCCCGCUUCGGCGCCUACUACGUCGCCACCGCCAACCCCGCGCCCCCUCGGGGCCGACACCGUAGCGAAUCCGCCUCCACGAUCGCAAACACGGACAACAGCCCCGACAACAGCCAGCUGCAGCGUCACCUCACGGAAUCCGCCUCCACAAUAGCGAACACGGACAACAGCCCCGACAACAGCCAGCUGCGGCGGCACCGCACCGAGUCGGCGAGCCCGCGCCCGCGGCCGCAGGACGACGACAGUGGCCCAGCGCUCAGGCCGGGCGUUGUCGAUCGGGCAAUCCCGCUGAGCGAGCAGCAUCUUGCCGACUAUCCGCUUGUGUCGACCGCGGGCAUUCAUAUGUCGCCCGGGACGCGGAAGCGGAGGAGAGAGGAGGCGGAGGAGGAGGAGAGGAAGGGGGAGGCGGAUGAGGCAUGGCUGCGGGAGGAGGUGCGGCGGCAGCAGGAAGAAGAGGAUGAGUUUGCAGAAGAGGAGGAGGAAGAGCAGGAAAAAGAAGAAGAGGAAGAAGAAGAAGAAGAAGAAGAAAAGCAAACAAACAACCCCGCUGCUCCUCCCCCUGGCAAUCCACCUCCACCACCUCGCCGCACCAUGCCCCGGCGCAGCCCGCACCAGCUCCCAAACUACCCUCUCGUCAACACGAACUGGGCGGCGUGGGACGUGCAGCGGCAGGAGCGGGAGAGGCGGGAGCGGCGAGAACAGGGAGAGCAGCGAGGACAGCGAAAUGUGUUAAGGCGCCGACAGCUGCAAGAACGGCUGCGAGAGCGGGCAGAGCAGCAACGAUUGCGAGAGCAGACUGAGCAGCAACGGCUGCGAGAGGAGCAAGAGCUGGCAGAGCGGCAACGACUGCGAGAGGAGCAGGAGCAGGCAGAGCAGCAACGAUUGCGAGAGCGGGCGGAGCGGCAACGACUAAGAGAGGAGCAGGAGCAGGCUGAGCAGGCUGAGCGGGCAGAGCGGCAACGCCUGCGAGAGCAGCAAGAGCAGGAAGAGUCGGCAGAUCAGGCCUUGCAGCAUGUGCUGCAAGAGCAAAGGAUGCUAGACCGGCAACGGGCAGAGCGGCAACGAUUGCGAGACCGGGAAGAGUCGGCUGAGCAGGCCUUGCAGUACGUGCUGCGAGAAGAGCAAAGGCUGCUAGACCUAGACCAGCAACGACUGCGACAGCAGGCAGGACAGCGAGUGCUGCGACAGCAGGCAGGGCAAAAGGCGCAAUUCUACUCCAAGUUAGAGCGCGAGCGGCAGCAGCAAAAGCAGCAAGAAGCAGCCGACUGGGCGCGUGUGCGCAAGGAGCAAGACCGCGAGUCCUCCCCCACGCGCAGAAUCCAGCUUGCGCUCGAGCAGCAACUGGAGCACAACCGGCGGCGAGCGGCGUACAUGGCGCGGCUCGAAAGGGAGGACUACCACAACGCCGACGCCGAAGACGCCGACGCCAUUUCCGCGCAGUUCCGCCUGCGUGCGUACACGGGCGAGCAGGCCCGCGAUACCCGCGUCGUGCUGCACCCGACGCUGCCGGCGCUGCUGGCAGAGUUCGUCUCGCACAAGCGCGUGUACGGCUCGUUGAAGGAGCGCGCGCAUUACGGGCAGGCCCGCUGGCAGCGCUGGGAAGAGCUGGUGCCGCAGCUGGUGCAGAAGCGGGCGGUGGCGUACAGCGAGCAGGACGGCGCGACCAUGACGCGCGACGUCGAGCUCAUGGAGCCCUCUGUCGCGAAGGCCGAGUGGGCGGUGCUGGGGCGCAAGGGCGAGAAGAAACGCAAUACCCUAAGGCUGGGCAGCUACCUCAGCUACGACGAGCAGUUCCUGUCGGCGCUGCUGGUCGUGUCGGGCCCGGUUACGCUCGUCGGCACCGGCUCUGGCGCCUGCGAGCACGACGCUAUUGCGCUGCAGAUGUGCGCGCCGCGCCUCGAGCUGCCCGCCGAGAUGGACUAUGCGGUCAUGGCGGACCGGCAGGCUGUCAAUGUCAGCGACGGCAUGCACCCGGACCUGCGGUACAAGGCGCGCGAGUGGCUGGGCGUCGCGCAGCCGCCGCUGGUGGCCGCCGCAGCAGGAGGAGGAGGAGCCGCCAACCCAGCCACAACGCCGCGCGCCAUGGCGUACAUAGCGCGGCAGCGGCUGCUAUUCGAGACGGUGCUGCUGGAGGCAUCCACGCGGGCGCGCACGGCGGGCAAGCGCGCCUGGCUGCGGCUUACGGACCCGCCGGCGCCGGUGCCCCUGCCCACCGAGGAGAGUCUGGAGCGCAACGUCGAGCCGCGCUCCUCGAGCGAGUACGCCGAGUUCUACAUGGAGGCGCUGACGCGCGCGCUGCGCAAUCUCGUGCGCCUCCCGCAUGUGGCCGUGCUGGAACUGACGCACUUCUUGAAGCCGACGGAGAGGCGCGUCAGCGAGCUCCGCACCGCGGCCGCCGAGCAUGCCGUGCGUCUCGUGUUUAGCUGCCGGGCUGUGGGCGCGCGACUGCUGCGGCGGAGGGAGGAUAGGGGUGAGAGUGAGAGUGAGGACGGGGAGGAGCAACAACAGGAACGGCCGAGGAAGAAGCAACGGCGAACCAAGUCCGCAGAGAAAGAGAAAGAAAAAGAAAAAGAAGACAACGACGACGAGGCAUUGCGCAAAUACCUCCUCGUCGUCACCUACACCAACAACGGCAACUCCCUCCCCGGCGGCCUCCCCUACUGGGCCCCGCCCACGGGCUCGCAGCCCAAGCACCCGCUCACAGCCGCGCAAAGCGCCGCCCUCGCCCUCGCGCACAACAGCAACCUCGCCCGUGUCCACAACCCGCUCUACAACAACGCCUUCAGCACGCGCAUAACCGUGCUGCACACGCCCUCGCUCCCCCCACCGCCACUCAUCACACGGCCCAUCGCGGUCCCCCCUCCCCACCCCUCCCUGACGACGCACCACUGGCUUGCGCGCCUGCACACCCACCCCGCCCUCUUCCCGCUCCUGCCCCAGCGCGCCCACCCCUUCGCCCUGCCCCAGCCCCCCUACCUCCGCCCACCUUACCCCGUCCCCCACCUCGCCGCCCAGGACGCCCUGCAGAACUACAUGCACGCCCCGCCCGCAGACCUGGUGCGGCACAGCGCGGUCCUGCACGAGCACCGCCCCGCCUUGGACCAGCGGCACAGACGCACCCUGUUCGUGGCGGCGCUGGGGGCGGGCGCCGGCGUCGUGCCCGUCACUGCUGACGCCGCUGCCGCUGCCGCUGCGACGGGGCAAGCGCCGCCGCAGCCCCUCCCCGCUGUCCUCAGCGGCGCAGCAGCCUCCGUGCUCGUCACCGAGGCCAUGCGCGCGCACCUCGGCGCCGCGGCCACGACGUCCGGCCGGCCGUGGGCGGGCUGGGACAACGUGCCUAUCAUCACUGACGCAGCAGGAAGCGUAAACGCAGGCACGCACGCCUACCCCGCCGCCGACGCGAACCCCGCCUCCUGGCGCGUGUACCGCAACGCCGCGCUGACACUCACGCACACGUCCCACGCAUCCGACGUCGCCACCGUCCCCGGGGCUGUGCUUAUCGCCGUCUCUACGGCAAAAGUAACACGGCGCGUCGACCCGGCCACUGCGGCAGCGGUGGAAGAUCUCUGGAAGCGCGGGGGCGGGGUGGAGCGGGUUCGGCGAGAGGCCGAGGACGAGAGGCGCGCGGCCGCGGCCGACGGGCGUGCGCCCGAGAGGCAGAGCCAGAGCGGCGCCGCCCGGGGAGAGACAAGGACGGUGCACGAGGAAGUCUCGCUGCGCGUCAUGCUCUGGGCGGGCGAGGCGCGGACGCAGGGGCUCUGGGGCAGCGGGGUGUGGGUGCGCGCGUGGGAGGAGGAGGUGCCGGGGGCGAGGGAGGCGCGCGCCAAGGAGAGGGUGGAGGGGGCGAGGGUCGUGCUGGCUGCCAAUGGGCCUGGUGCGGAUGGUGGUGGAGCUGCUGCUGCUGCUGGCGCAGGACUAGGACUGGGACUGGGUCUAGCUGCCGCGGCCAGGAGAGGAGGUGGUGCCGCCGGAGCAGCAGGCGCAGCAGUAGGCCCCGUCCCGGCAGAAGAGCGGCUUCGGCGCCUGCGACAAAAACAGCCCACGCCGCCGCCGGGGAAGCAGCCCUCGCUGCCGGACACCGUGGUCGGGCCUUCGCGCUCGCGCUCCCUGUCCCAGCGGGCAGAGGCGGCGCUAUCGAGAGGACAGCGCCAAGCACAACACCAACACCAACACCAACACCAACCACAACCACAAGCGCAGGCGCAAGCGCAAGCGCAAGCUGAAGCACAAGCCGAAGCUCGAGCUGAAGCACACGCACAAGGCCGCGUCGACUACCUCGUCACGGCCUCCAACCGCCUCCUCGCCCUCAACACCGCAGCCAACUACUGGGACCUGUUUGCGGGCGAGAUGGUCAAUGCCGCCGGGCCAGAGAACUAUAUGACGGAUGCGGCGGGCGUGGUGAUGAAGUGGUAUGAGGGGAGGAAGGCGUGGGGUGUGGUUGAGGGGGGGAGGGUGGUGGUGUGGGAGGGAGGGGAGGAGGUGGGUGGGGGGGUUGCGUACGAGGGGGAGGAAGGGUUUGGAGGAGGGGUUGAAGGGCGAGAGGGACAGAUAGAGGGUGGGUGGGGCCAGGGCGGGAAGGCGAGUGCGGAGUGGGUGCAGGGUGGGGGGGUGAAUAGGGGGGAGUCUUAUGAUGUGGCGGAGUAG